AGAAAAAAGUUGAAUAUACUCUUCAUUGGAAAUUUCUUCAGCUCAAAGUUUCAAGCCUUUUGACGCCCAAUAGUUCUCCAAAGACGGCCCACCUGAUUAGUACUAUUCUACAGCUAAAAUAUUGGGAAAAAAAAAAAAAUCCUCUGAUCUCUGUUUCUAUCUCUCCCCCCCUCCCUCUCCCUCGUUCAGUCUCUCUGAAACUUCGUAGUUUUACACUUUCACUGGUUCAAAGCUGAAAAUUCAAAGUGGUUCUUUUUAAUGAAGAAGAAGGGCAUCAAUGGCUCUUAGUUGUGUUUAUUCAAUAAGUUAUCCUUUCUCUCCAUGGCCCAAAAACAAGGUUCAAAGAAAUGAAGUGGCUGUUUUAUUGGGUUAUGGGUUUUCAAUUUGCAGAAUUCCCAAUUUCAAAUGUUCCCAAAAGCUGGGUGGACAAUCGUUGGGCAUUUCAAAAGCUAUUGAGAAGAAACCAGUGAAGAAGGUGGGAAAGAAUGAGCAUCACUUGUGGAAGAAAAGAGAUUCAGCUGGCUCUGGACAAAAGGCACUCAAUCUUGUUAGAAUUGUUUCUCAACUUCCCAAUGAAAAAGAGGCUGUUUAUGGAGCAUUGGAUAAAUGGACAGCUUGGGAGACUGAGUUUCCAUUGAUUGCAGCAGCUAAGGCUUUACGAAUUUUGAGGAAGAGGAGCCAAUGGCUGCGUGUAAUUCAAGUGGCAAAAUGGAUGUUGAGCAAAGGCCAAGGAGCUACGAUGGGAACAUAUGACACCCUUCUACUUGCAUUCGAUAUGGAUAAUAGAGUGGAUGAGGCUGAAUUAUUGUGGAACAUGGUUUUGCAUACAAACACCCGUUCGAUCUCAAAGCGAUUAUUUUCUAGGAUGAUUUCAUUAUAUGAUCAUCAUAACAUGCAAGAAAAGAUAAUAGAGGUAUUUGCAGACAUGGAGGAGUUGCAUGUAAGACCAGAUGAAAACACGGUCAGGAAAGUGGCUCAUGCCUUUAAGGAACUUGGCCUAGAAGACAAGCAGAAGUUGGUUCUUAGAAGAUACCUGAGUAAAUGGAAAUGCAUCCACUUUAAUGGUGAACGGGUUAGAGUAAAAAGGUUUGCAUCAGAUGAAGAUUGAUAUUCAAUCAAAUUGAGUGCUACUUUCUUGGCAUCAAUGAUAAAACAAGUUUGUGUCUAUUGUGUUGGACAUUGCCAACUAGGAAAGUGAAAUCAUGGUUGUAGCAACAAGGCAUCUUCUUAUUUGCUUUUGCUCAGAUAGGUGACCCUCGCUUGAAUGUUAUUUGAAUAGUUUCAUCAUUUCUGGUGGGUCGCUUGAUCCCUGUCUAUAACCGUGGCGUGGAUGUUGCAAACCUGUUCUUCGAUUAUCUGGGGAUAUGUAUGCAGAGGGAGGGCCAAAAGAAUUUUCGCUGUUAAUGUAGAACGUAUUAUGAGAUUUUGUCUCUGUAAGGCUAUUAUAUCUUCAGAUCAUUAAUGAUUCAAAAGAUGUUUCGGAGUCAUACAAGUUGGAAUAAAUAUUUAGACAGCUUAUAAUGAGAA